CAUCCAACUAUACUGACACAUUGCGCAUGCGCGCUGCCGCCAAACAGCGUUUACCACACAGUCGAGCCGAAAUAUAACGGUGUAAAAGUUACAAUUUUAAUUUCGUGCAAAGGAAUUUAUUUUUAGACACUUUAUACAAUUCUAGAGUAAAAAUUUUAAUUGAAUUGAUCGGUGUGCAGUGAUUAGUGUUUGCUGUAGCUAAAUAGUUAACGGCUAAUCCGCGGCAAACAGUUGCAAAUAUGUUGUAAUGCCAUUAAAGAAACAUUUGAAAAGUCGGCGCCAGCGUACGACCACCAACACUUUUAAUUAUCGUCAGUGGAAGUGAGAUACUCGUUCAUACUUAUUUCGCCGCAUUACAAACGCCAAACUCAAGUUAAUAGGCUUAUAAACAACAAUGAAGCGUUUUACAGCCACAACAGAGCUCUUGAUCUUCACAGCCAUAAUUGCCGGCUGCUGGUGCAGUGGCGCAUUGGCCGAGUCCUCAACCUUGCAGACUGCCAAGCAUUGGAAGCUGUUCACCUAUAACUUCCUACCACAUGCGCCGAUACACGAUUUGAACUUCUACAAUCCAACCAAUGUGCUGGCAACCGGUAUUGCCGUCUCCUACGACCGGAUUUUCAUUGCGACACCGAAAUUAUUCUCUGGCGUCUCGUCCACCGUCAAUGUCGUCUCGAAAGCGGAAUUUGGUGAUUCACCGGUGUUGCAGGCCUACCCAGACUGGUCGUUUUCCACAACCGGUCGCACAGAUUUCAAUUGCAGCGAUUUAGUUCUGAUCUCUGUGUACCGCAUGCGCAUUGACUCGUGUAACCGCUUGUGGCUUCUAGAUGCUGGUGUUUCGCGUUCGCUCGAAGACUACGAAAUCACUUGUCCGCCGAAAAUUUUAAUUAUCGACUUGAAUACCGAUCAGGUGGUGCGUCGUGUGGACUUCCCGAAAGAAAUCUUACGUGGCGAGUCUUUGUUUACGAAUUUAGUGAUUGAUGAGACGACAGCGAAGCAUGGCAAUUGUGAUGAUGUGUUUGCGUACAUCUCAGAUACGGUGGAGCCGGGCAUUAUUGUAUACGACAGCGGACGCGAUGUUACCUGGCGCGUCUCACAUCCCGCUAUGUAUCCCGAUCCAGAUUUUGCGCAGUCCGAGAUACUCAACGAUCGUUUCAUACUGAUGGACGGUGUUGUAGGUUUAGCAUUUGAUCAGAAAUUGGGUGUGCUAUACUUCCAGCCCUUGGCUACAGAUCGCUUAUUCUCAGUCACCAGAGAGGUGCUGCGCGCCGGCCCACUUGCACAAAACGAUAUACUCAAAGUGAAAUUGGUCGGCAAGAAAUCAUCACAGGGCAUUGGACUCACCGUAUCGCCCAUCGACAGCAGCGUUAUAUUCAGUCCAUUAACUGAAACAGCCAUUGCUGCAUGGAAUCCCAGCAAUAACAAUCAAGUGGUGCUCGCGCACGAUCGUGAUCGUUUGCAAUUUGUUGCCGACAUGACAACAACACCACACGAACCUGGUGUAUUUUAUGCGGUCUCCUCAAAGUUUCAUCGUUUCUUUUUGAAAAAUCUCAACCCCAACGAAAUCAAUAAUCGCAUAUUGCGACUGCCGCUGCCAAACGCUUAUAGUGCACCACACAGUCCCGACGCGCCGUCAAUCGAUUUGCAUACAAUCAACAAGGCGUCCAACUACUUCGGCAGUCCUUAUAAGCCAAAUUCUCUGGAUAAAUCGAACGUUGUGGGCUUUGGCAAUUAUGUCUACAACAGUUUGCAUACAUCGGUGAAACCACAACAACCACCAUAUAAUUACGAAACAGUUGGACUAGUCAAUUUCUCGCUGCGCAAUCCCUUCACAGCACUCAACGCCGGUGAGUCGUUCCCACCGCGCAAAGAACAACGUUCGAACGAUCAGCGUCCCUCCUAUCUGGACACUUUGAAUAGUAGCGAAGGUGCUAUUACUAGUCGUGAUCUGCGCUACCUCGUACCAACAACAGCAGUGCCAACACCGAUCUCUCAUAACGGUUUACACACUGCAGUGUUACCAUACGGCUCCGAAUUCAGUCUCCGUCGGCAUUUACGUAAUACCGAAGGUCAAAAGGUAAACGAGACAGUGGACUCAACUGCCAACAAGCAGUAGAGUGGGUGUGGGCCAGCAGUUUAACUGCAUGUGUAGCAGUGUGCGGUCUAAAGUCAAAACUUAUGUGCCUCUGUACAGUACACUAUGCAACCCUGUCUGUGUAUCGUGCGCAACUGUUAGGGGGGAAUUGAGUAACCUAAUUUAUGUAUGUUAAAGUUGUUAGUACAUUUAGUAGAACUGUAAUUUAUAGUAAUGUCUAUGUAUAUAUGUAUGUACCAGCUCACACAAGCCUAUUCUUAUAUAUGUACAUAUGUAGCGGUAUAUAAAUUUAAUAAACAUACUUAUAUACGUAAAUGUGUGCACAAAUUAAUGAAUUCGAAGCGUCACAGACCAUAGAAAUCACUUAACUUGUAUUGUAAAUAUACUAAUAAAAUAAUUAUUACGCGCCUAAUUAGCCUAAUAUGUGUGUGAAGUGUUUUAA